UUGACUCUGCGUUUGCUCUGUACUGAGGAGCACAGCAAGGCCGAGAGAAUGGAUGAACUCGAUUUGGAGGAGAGGUUUGAGCUAAUGGAGCAGGCGGUGGACACCUGUUUCCUUCUCGUCUGCGCUAUUUUCGUUUUCCUAAUGCAGUUCGGUUUCGCGGCUUUGGAAGUGGGCAGUAUCAGACCGAAGAACACGAAGGCGGUGCUCUUGAAGAACACCACCGAUGCUGCGAUUGGGGCGUUAGUGUGGUGGCUUGUCGGACACGGAGUGGCGUUCGGAGAGGGAAGUUUCAUCGGGAAAAACCAGUUCGCCUUCUCUCCAGAGCUCGAUGAGGAGCGAAUAGGGGAGGUGGCCCUAAAGUAUGCGCGGUGGAUGCUGCAGUGGGCGUUCGCGGCAACGAGCACGACCAUCGUCAGCGGAGCCAUCGCAGAGCGAGUCGCCUUGCACGCAUACUUGAUAUACGGAGUCAUCAUCACUUCCUUGAUAUACCCCGUUGUGGCUCACUGGGUGUGGGCCCCAAGCGGCUGGGCGAGCUCGUUCAAGGCCGACGACGAGGAUCUGCUGGUUGGCUGCGGCGUGGCUGACUUCUCAGGUUCUGGGGUAGUGCACCUGACAGGGGGGUUGAUGGCGCUAGUGGCGGCGUUCUGCGUACUCCCCCGGGGAGGCAGGUUUGAUGCGGAGGGUAAACCCCGUCGCUUGGAGAGACAAAGUCCUGCUCUGAACGUGCUGGGGACGCUGAUACUGUGGGCGGGCUGGUUUUUCUUCAACGCCUCUGGGGUGGCGUCGUUCAGCAGGCAGCCCGACGACGCGGCGAAAUCUAUGCUGAACACGGCGGUAUGCCCUUCGGCAGCCGUGGUUGUGACGAUGCUCAUUCACUGGAUGUACCACCGCAGCUUCGACCCGUUCAUGGCAACGAAUGGCAUGCUGGGAGGCCUCGUUGCGAUCACCGCCUCAUCCCCCUUGGUGCAAGCGGAAGGGGCGUUUGUCAUCGGUGUUGUGUCCGGAGCGCUGGUGUUUUACGGCAGCAAGCUCUUGCUAAAGUUUAAGAUCGAUGACGUGGUGGACGCGAGCGUGGUGCACGGGCUGUGCGGGCUCUGGGGCGUGGUAGCGACGGGCCUCUUUACCACGAAGCAAGGCUACGCAAGAGCAUACGCCGAGGACCGAGCUGACGAGUGCUGCGGAGUGUUCUACGGCUGCUCUGGUAGCCUUCUAGCGGCGAACAUGAUCUUCGUUUUGGCACAAGUGGCAUGGGUUGGCGGCACAGCGGUGGUACUAUUCCUCGGCAUCAAGUACUCGCUGGGCCUAAGAGUCAACACUAUCACGGAAGAGGAGGGGAUGGAUAAGACAAGACAUGGGGGUUACCAUGGAGGUGCUACGACCAUGAGCAGUACCCCUGGUGCAGCGAUGGAGGCUGUGCGUCGACUAAGCGGAACGGACCAAAGACAGUCCGCGGUGGCGUUGGCUUCCACCAGCAAUGUCCUAGCGUAAGGCGAUCACCGACGUACUAACGCUUGGGAAGGUUUUUGGGCAACCCAUUAGCUGCUCGCCGUCCGGUUCUCACGCAGUGAACCGUAGCGGUGUGACCUCUUUACACCGUGACGCCGAGUUAUUACACACUUGCCGCAUGUACACGGCUGUUGUAGCCUCCCCCGAACCCUAUGGCGUUGGUCAUGGCAAUGGAUGUAAUGCGGGACGCAUCUUGGUUGCGUGUUUAGAUGUAUCUGUCGGCUGCUAGUCUGUCGGCCGCGAGGCCCGAUCUGUUUUGUCCUUGUUCGAGGGCGGUGUGUCUUUUGUGCCUUUACAAGGGGAGUCGUGCGCAGCUUUCAAAGGUCGCGACUUUCAGGCACGAGGUAUUCGCUGGGUGCACGAACUUGCGGUGUCUGCGAAAUGUAAACGAUCGACCCUUCUCUGAAGAUAGUUCCACUUUCAACCUUUGUUGCAUACAACCUGGUUGAAGCUCAACACGUAAUCUGCUUGUUGCUGCAUUGGUUCCGUCGUAGGAGUGUCGUCCUCGAUUUUUUUGUCUCCACACGGUUUUGUUGAUCGAAAUGUCCAUUCUACUGUCGGAUAUGUCUGCCUGCCGUGGGAUGUUGAGGCAGGAGGAACACCACGUACCAGCAUGCUGUGGGAAGUACUUGUGUUCUUCGCGCUUGACAGGUGUGCUGUUGCCCAUCACGUACAUUCGGUAUGUUAGAUUGCUGUGUCUCGCGAGGGGUGAAGGAAUUCCCUUCGAUUUGACUGCUGUCGCGAUGCUCGCUCGUUUGCAAAGAGCACUUCACCGCGUCAUCAUUGUUUUCCUUGCCGUGGAUGAAACCCAUGCUCGUACACGUACCAAGUUCAUGUUGUCGACGUCAUCUCGGAAGUGAGUAGCCAAACGCCGAAACAGACGACUUAUGAUGAGUGUUCUGCGUUUGUGCAGGGCGGUGUCUGUUUCGAACCUUGUGUCUGUGUCUCGUUGCUAUUUGAGAAAAUUUGGGUCUGUGUUCAUUAGUCCACCCCAUGGUUUGCAUCUACACACCGGUGGGUUACGCGCCUUCCUACCGUUUCUCCGCGUUUGAUUCUUCUUGUUUUUCGUUUUUCAGUCACAGACUAAGUUUUGAAAGACACUCUGUGUUUCAGUCGGACUUGUUGGACUUGUCGACAGGUUCGUGCGCGGCCUUACGCAAAGCACUCGGUUUGCGAGGUAUUCGUAUUCAUCCAGCUCACGCGACUCAUUCCCACGUUGGUGCUGCUGGCCGCUGCCCUCUUGAGUCUCGUCACCACCUUGUGAGGUAUCCUCGGUUGCUGACGAAUUAUUUCUGCUGCGACCCUCUUUGUCUUGGAAGCACUGCGCAGGUGGAUCCACCGAUCGAUGUUGUGCAGUGCGUCAGUUUCAAGUUGCAGUCAUUUCGUCUACUCGGCGUCGUUUGCGAUGGGCAUGUUCGUGUUCUAUUCUAGCCAGUAUUUUUUGGACUACACGCGGUAAUCAUGUAUUCAAGUUGUACAGGAUCGAUCGAGGAAAUGACCCACGCGGAAGGCCAGAUUUGUUUUUUUGAGAAGGGGGAGCGCAGCACCUGGAGCGUAGAUGUUCUUGUUGGGAAUGAUCAGCCCUCCAUGUCCAACACACCCCUCGCUCUCUAUGCUGUGCGCUGUGUGCUGUUGUAUGCUGUGUGCGCUGUAUGUUGCUACGAUCGCGAGAAGUAUGUGCGCCUGCUAUGCAAUGCACCCUUUCAGAUGUAUAUGCCCCACUACCGGCAGCAGCCAAGUCCCCACCUGUUGUGCAAACGGCAUCAGGUGAUGGUGUAACAGCCCGUACAUGCUGUACAAAAGGUUGAGACCA